AUGGAUGGCAGCAUUCUGGAUACCCAACUUCAUACUCGUUUUCCGAUAUUUCCUUACGCCCUCAAGCUUGAGACAGCUAUGCUAACACGAUAUGUGCCUCCAGAUGCUGCAGAUGCAGAAAGUCCACUAAAGCCGGCCGAGUUACAAGUCCUACGCGCCCAAUACGAGAAAGAGGGUGAACAUGUUGGAGUACAGACCAAAUUCAACUUCGCAUGGGGUUUAAUCAAAUCCAACGCCCGCCAAGAACAACAAGAAGGCGUCCGUCUCCUCUCAGACAUCUUCCGCACAUCCCCCGAACGAAGACGAGAAUGCCUCUACUACCUAGCACUGGGAAACUACAAGCUUGGGAACUACGCCGAAGCAAGACGGUAUAACGAUCUACUGCUAGACAGAGAACCGGCGAACUUGCAAGCUAGCAGUCUGAGGGGUUUGAUCGACGAUAAGGUUGCAAAGGAGGGGAUGAUGGGUGUUGCUAUUCUGAGCGGAGUUGCUAUUGCUGCUGGUGUUGUCGGUGGAAUGAUAUUCAAGGGCGUAGGAAAUAGGAAGAGAUGA